GCACAAAGGGUAGGACUGAUUCCAAGGGGCUUGGCUUCAGCUCGUGCGCUGCGCCCCUUACCCGAGUAUGUGCCCUUAACUUCAGAAUGAAGUCCGGAGAAAGUCCAGUGAAGUCCGAAGGACUUCCGGAGAAGCGUGGGAAACUUCGGAAGGACUUUCCGGACGAGUGCGAGAAACUUCCGGAUGAGUGCGGGAAAGUUCCGGAGGAACUUCCGGAAAUUACGAUGGAGUUUCGUCCUGACAGGGAUAUGUAUAAUGGCUACUCAGGACGAGUCCUGAGUAGAAGGAAACAGAGGAACGGCUGCAAGGACAAAGUCCGAAGCAGGAUAGGUCCGGAGGACCGCGGGAAAGUUCCGGAGGAACUUCCGGAAACUCGGAGGAAUGGAGGAUCGGAUGAGUGGAUGAGCGGAUGAGCGGAGGAUCGGA